CGGCCACGUUCAGCGGACACGGGAGCAAGAUGGCGAUUCCGGGCAGGCAGUAUGGGCUUAUUUUGCCAAAGAAAACACAGCAGUUGCACCCUGUUUUGCAAAAACCGUCAGUGUUUGGGAAUGAUUCUGAUGAUGAUGAUGAGACCUCCGUGAGUGAAAGUCUUCAGAGGGAAGCUGCUAAGAAACAGGCCAUGAAACAGACCAAACUGGAAAUCCAGAAGGCCCUUGCAGAAGAUUCCACUGUGUAUGAAUAUGACAGCAUUUAUGAUGAAAUGCAGAAAAAAAAGGAGGAAAGUAAUCCCAAAUUGCUUUUGGGGAAAGAUCGAAAGCCCAAGUACAUUCACAACUUACUAAAAGCAGUUGAAAUUAGAAAAAAGGAACAGGAAAAAAGAAUGGAAAAGAAAAUACAGAGAGAACGAGAAAUGGAAAAGGGAGAAUUUGAUGAUAAAGAGGCAUUUGUGACGUCUGCUUAUAAGAAAAAACUGCAAGAGAGAGCUGAAGAGGAAGAAAGAGAAAAGAGGGCUGCUGCUCUGGAAGCAUGUUUGGAUGUAACGAAGCAGAAAGAUCUCAGUGGAUUUUAUAGGCACCUAUUAAAUCAAGCAGUUGGUGAAGAGGAAGUACCUAAGUGCAGUUUUCGUGAAGCCAGGUCCGGGAUAAAGGAAGAGAAAUCGAGGUGUUACUCCAAUGAAGUAAGUUCAGAGAACAGAAUACCACAGGAGAAAUGUGUUCUCCAAACUGGUGUGAAAGUAGAGGAAAACCCCGAUGCAGACAGCGACUUUGAUGCUAAGAGCAGUGAAGAUGAUGAAAUGGAAGAAACUAAAGUGAACUGUAGAAGGGAAAAGGUCACAGAGACUUCUGAGGACUCCAAGCAUCACAGGACACAAACCCACUCACGGUCGUCUAGUGAAGAAAGAGGGCAUGGUGCCAGACACCACACAAAAGGUUCCAAGUCAAGAGGACACGAGAAAAGGGAAGAUCAGCACCAAGAGAGACAGUCCAGAGACGAACAGAACCAUUACACUGACCGGGAUUACCGGAAAGAAAAGGAUUCUCAUAGGCACAGAGAGGCCAGUCAUAGAGAUUCCCACUGGAGGAGGCAUGAACAAGAAGAUAAACUGAGGGCAAGGGACCAAAGAGAAAGAAGUGACAGAGAACGGAAAAGGGAGAAAGAUAGGGAGAAAUAUUCCCCAAGAGAACAAGAAAGAGAGAGACAACGAAAUGCUUAUAACCGACACAGUGAGAAAGGAGAGAAGGAAGAGAAAAACAAAGAAAAGGAAGAACAUAUGAAAGUAAGGAAUGAAAGAUAUGAAAAUAAUGAUAAAUAUAGAGAUAGAGAAAAACAAGAAGUAAUUGUUCAAUCUUCAGAAAGAAAUCGAGACAGAAAAAAAAGCAGCCCGAAUUCUAGGACAAAGGAUAAAUUUCUUGACCAGGAAAGAUCCAGCAAAAUGAGAAACAUAGAAAAGGACAAAGAAAGAAACCAAGAGAACCCCUCUAGUUCUGAAACAUCACUGGGAGCAAAACACAGACUCACAGAGGAAAGGCAAGACAAGGAACAAGAGAGACCACUCGAGGCAGUGAGCAAGUUUGCAAAGCGAAACAACAAAGAAACUGUAAUGUCAGCUAGAGACAGAUACUUGGCCAGGCAAAUGGCACGGGUUAAUGCAAAGACAUACAUUGAAAAAGAAGAUGAUUGAGGGCUGCCCCAGUAAAAAGAUCUCUGGAAGCACAGAAAACUGACUCCUGCAACUCGCUGUGUGAAAGCAUAAAGGGAGUGUAACAAUAGUGGUUGGGAGAGUGUUUUUAUAUAUAUUUCUGAAAUCAAAAGUCUUUUAUCUUGAAUGUUUGGCUGAAUUUGUAUAUAAUAUUUACUUAUCAAUAACACAUUCUUGGUUGUAUUCAAGAAUCAUGAGUGUGCUAAAUCCCUGUAGGUACUCACUGAGGAAAAUUGGCUCCACUACAACCAUUAAAAAAUAAUUUAAACAACUCUUCUGAUAAUGUUGGUUUUGUUGUAAGGAGCUAUUUUGUUUUAUAAAUAUUGUAUUUCAGAUAAAAAUAUGUAUAU